GUUCGUGCUGUUUCCAAUUUCUAGCGGGAGAAAAAGGAAACAAAUUAGAGGCACUGCAAUUACAGCUGUGUUAUAUUGGAAUUGCCAGAAAACGGGGAUUAUAGUGGAUCAUUUUCAACGGGAUUAGAAUGAUGAGAAUUACUUACUGAAACUUUGUUUUGUUCACAAGUCGUGGAUAGUUAACACUAAACAUACAGUUUGGUAUUCCAGUUCCGACUAGUGUAAAACCCACUGGGUUCCUGUCAAACACAAAAUGAGUGCCAUUAAAAACAUCCUGAGAAACAUUCGAAAUGAAUUUGAAUCAGACACAAGGAAUGAAACGGAUUAUGAAAUUGCACCCACACAGAAGUUCCCGCAGAUUUCACAUCAUGAGACUGAUAUCUCAUCAAUUACGAGGACUAGUUUCUUGGAGGAGGAAGAUAGUAAUCUUUAUGAUAACCCUCUCCAUAGCACUGCACUGGAGGACGAGAAUGGUGCACAGAAGAAACAUGAAUCAGUGUCUCGCACUAAGCCAAAGAAAGAUAAGGCAGUGUCUAAGAAAAACAAGGGAGUUACUACCAAGACGAUGAGACCUGUGGCAAAGACACAAAAAACAACCUCACGCUCGCUGAAGCGUCUUUCUGAGAUGCCGGAAAGAGAGGAUAGUAGUGAUUUGGAAAGUGAAGCCUCAAUCAAAGAACCUGAUCCUGUAGACAAUACCCCGUCGUCGCAGGCACAGACAGAUGCCACAGAGAAGUCUGAACUAGAACAGAGAAGAGCAAAGGCAGGGAAGAAAUCUGCUGCUGUGAGCAAACCCAGAAGGCUGUCUCCCUCUGUAGAGGAAAGCUCAGAUCAGGAAGAAUCUGAAUUGGGUUCUCAGAGUUCAGAUUUAUUGUCACAGUCACAGAGAGUUGCCACAAGAGAGUCCGGACAAGUACAGAGCAGAGCAAAGGCAGGGGAGAAAUCUGCUGCUGUGAGCAAGCCCAAGGCUCCAGGAAAACAGACCAGAAGAAAGUCCCCAUAUGUAGAGGAAAGCACAGAUGAAGAAGCUUCUGACCUGACCCCGUCGUCGCAGGCACAGACAGAUGCCACAGAGAAGUCUGAACUAGAACAGAGCAGAGCAAAGGCAGGGAAGAAAUCUGCUGCUGUGAGCAAACCCAGAAGGCUGUCUCCCUCUGUAGAGGAAAGCUCAGAUCAGGAAGAAUCUGAAUUGGGUUCUCAGAGUUCAGAUUUAUUGUCACAGUCACAGAGAGUUGCCACAAGAGAGUCCGGACAAGUACAGAGCAGAGCAAAGGCAGGGGAGAAAUCUGCUGCUGUGAGCAAGCCCAAGGCUCCAGUAAAACAGACCAGGAGAAAGUCCCCAUGUGUAGAGGAAAGCACAGAUGAAGAAGCUUCUGACCUGACCCCGUCGUCGCAGGCACAGACAGAUGCCACAGAGAAGUCUGAACUAGAACAGAGCAGAGCAAAGGCAGGGAAGAAAUCUGCUGCUGUGAGCAAACCCAGAAGGCUGUCUCCCUCUGUAGAGGAAAGCUCAGAUCAGGAAGAAUCUGAAUUGGGUUCUCAGAGUUCAGAUUUAUUGUCACAGUCACAGAGAGUUGCCGCAAGAGAGUCCGGACAAGUACAGAGCAGAGCAAAGGCAGGGGAGAAAUCUGCUGCUGUGAGCAAGCCCAAGGCUCCAGUAAAACAGACCAGGAGAAAGUCCCCAUGUGUAGAGGAAAGCACAGAUGAAGAAGCUUCUGACCUGGAAAGUUCUAACCCGAAAAACAGCUCUAAGUCUAUUGGGAAGAAGAAAAAUAAACCUUCAUCUGCAUCUUCAGAUGAAGCUGGACCCUCGAAAAAGGUUAAGAAGUCCCCAAAAAACAUCACAGAGCUUGAUGUGGUGCUGGAUACGUUUCAAAGUUUUGUGUCGGAGUACAAGGAGACUGUGGAAUCCAGUGUGUGCAGAAGAGCAAUAGAAAGACUGUACAGCAAGGUUUCUGAUCACCUUAUUGAAACGAUAAGUGAAGUGAAGGAGUGCACAGAACUAAAAAAGAAAAACACAAAGAUUGUGAAUUCUAUUAAUAAGAAAAGAAGAUGCCUGAUUGAAGUCAAAAGUAACUUAAUAAAGAGGGAAACACAUCAGAGAAAAGUGCAGAAAGAGUAUGCAGAACUGAAAGAGAGAUAUGCAGAUCUAAAGAGUGGCACCGCGUUUUUAGACAACUUCAAGGAUCUGCAGAUACAAUAUUUGGAGCAUAGAAAUAACAACCCUGGAGAGAAAGAAACGUAUGGUCUCUCCAGUCUUCCUUCAUUACUUCUGGAAGCACGGGGCGUUUUGGGAGCAGAAGAGCAGCUCCAGAAUAUCAACUUUAAACUACAGCAAGCUAUUGGAAAUUAGGCAAAAACUAAACCUGGGCAUACCAGUGUGUGUUUGUGAUGAGAUAUAUAUAUAUAUAUAUAUAUAUAUAUGUUUGUCUGGGAUUUGUUCAGAUUGUGUGCCUAUUUGUUCCUUGGCUGCAGCAUCACUUUGCUCAGUGUUCUCUUGUCUUGUCAUCAAGCAUUCGUCCCAUUCUGUAGGGGGAUUCACAGACGGGACAGAGUUCUCAUGAGACAGUUCAUCAGCAGUGUUUGCUUUCUCUGCUGGAAAUGUGCUCUGACUUGGUUUAGUGUUGCCAGCUUCAUCCAUGGUAUACUCAGAGUUGUUUUUUAGGUUUUGGUAUGCAAUGAAGUCUAACUUACACAUUUCCAAUUUGUGUUUGUACAUAUUUCAAAGGUUGCUGUACUAGAAGCCAAGUAAAAGUUUAUUUGGAUUUAUUUCUAGGAUUCAUAACCACCUUGUGCUGCACUGUAAAUAGUAGCAGGAGUUUGCCCCGUUUUAGUUAAUAGAAUUGAUAGAAGGUUUCAAAAGAGGAAAUAAGCAUGUGUGCAUGUAUCUGAAACUACAUUUAGAGAAUGUAAGCAAAAUACAGUGGCAAUAUUUUGCAAUAAAAACAUGCAACAAACUGUUGAGUUUUUAUUUGAAUAUAUGUCAAAAUAUAAAAUAAA